AUGCGGCGGAGCAUACAGCAGUUGAGACACAGCAUGCACCCAAAAAGUCCCCGAACCACUCGCACGGAAAAACGAGGAAGGGAUUCGCCUGGAGAGCAGGAAGGCACAAAAAAGCAACGGAACGUGCAAGACUUUGCCAGCGUUCUGAAGGAACGUGUCAAGGAUGGUGAGUGGCAGACCGUGGAAAACCAGCGGGAGAAGAGGAAGCAGCAGAAGGAGAAUGUGGAAAAGAGGAAGGAACAGAAGAAACAAGAAAAACGUCGUUCUCCACGGGAGAGAGUUAAAGGUGAUGCCCUGAUCGUAGAAGCGAGCGAUAAAACGUCGUACGCAGCGAUCCUGAAGAAAGUGAGAGAGGACCCGGAGCUAAAAGACUUGGGUGAGAAAGUG